UAAAACUAACGAUUUUGGUAAAGCAUUUUAUUAUAAUUCAAUAUUUAGUACAUUAUUUGUACUAUAUCAUUAAACUUGUUAGUGACAUUGUUAUGGUUGCGUCACUUCCUGAGCUGGGGGUAUUAGGAUGGGUGUGUGUAGUGUUUAGAAACCACUUAUCUAAUAAGCGUACCAGUGUUCGGUACUGGGGACAUCUCCUUGUGCACAGAGCAAUGUGUUGCAGCCUGAGCAUACUGCCCCUGUAGUUAUUGUUUAUUUUUGGAGUGUUGAAACUGACCAGACGUAAUUAUUCAACCUGGAUCCUUUGCGCCUACUGACCUGCCGGAAUAUGGAUUUAAGUUUCAAGAGAGCAGGACCCCAGACCCUCAGUUAAUUAUGACUGAGGAUAAUAUCGAGUGCGAAUAUCUGUGAAACUUUUGGAUGUACAUCAUGCAGUGUUAUGCAAAAGAGGUUAUGCAGUUACAUGUUCUGAACUUCAGCUGCAAAUGUGAUCCUUCAAACUUGAAUUUUCAGAUCUUUGCGUCUCCCACAGAAAAUGUCACAGAGACAUUCAGAAGAAACACUAGGAGAUGACUCUCCUCUCCUUGUGGAACAGAAGUUUGCCUCUGCAGUAGACAUUAAUGACCAUCAAGGAUGCAAUAAGUCUCCGAGGGAAACUUCUAGAUCUUCAAGACUAAGCCAAAGUAAGAGUCCUGUCCGCCAGGAGUCGAAAAUGUGUUCAUCAGAAUCUCAGAGUGUCAUCCUUAGCACAGAAAGCCUUGCAGCUUUGAAACUUGGAACUCAGCAAAUGAUCCCUACAGGUCUUGCUGUGACAAGUAAGACAAAGCAGCGACCUGUCAGUGCCAGUAGCAGCACUUUUGGAAAGGACCGGCCUCAGCAGGACUCCAAGAGGAUGUCAGCACCUAAUAUCUCCCUUGAUGAUCUAGUAAUGGAGAUGGAAUCAUGUGGAUCUCUGAAGAGAAAUCUCAGGAAUCAGUCAUAUAGGGCUGCCAUGAAAGGGUUUGAAGAUACUGAUGGUGGAGAAACUGUUAAGCCCUUAUCCACGCUAGCACCAGUGCCAGAAGGAGCGGCAACUCAGCCACCCAGAAGUCCAGGCAGAGCAAAGAAACCUAUUGGAAGGAAGAAGACACAGCGGGGUUCAUUCAAAGAUGACCCUAGGCUGUACCAGCAAAUCAGAGAAAGAGGGUUGAGCCUAGGCUCCAUCCUCCCAGAUGUGGAAGAAGAAUCCCAGAAUGAGUUUAUUCAAGUGGGACAUCCUGAGCCAGAUGAAGGCAUUGUGGUACAAAAUUUCAGACCCACACAGAUGACCUGGAGCCAGUUACCACAGGUCCAGGAAUCUGGUGCUUUAGAGAACAUGGAGCCAUUAGAACGGAAGCGUCAAGAGGCAAUUUUUGAAGUCAUCACUUCAGAAUUCUCUUACCAGCAUAGUUUGAAUAUCCUUGUUUCAUUCUUUAAAAACUCUGAGGAGCUCCGAAAAACCAUGACUACCACAGAUCAUCAUCACCUUUUUUCCAACAUCUGCGAUAUUUUGGAAGCCAGCAAAAGAUUUUUUGAAGAGCUGGAAAAGGAACACAAGAAGAAUGUUGUGAUCGAGAGCAUCAGUGAGAUAGUGGAGAUGCAUGCUACACACCAGUUCCAAGCUUAUGUUGUAUAUUGUUCCAAUGAAGUCUACCAGCAGAGGACCCUUCAAAGGCUAUUGAGCUCAAAUGUUGCCUUUAAGGAGACUUUGAAGACAAUUGAAAAAAAGCCGGAGUGUGGUGGGCUGCCACUGAUUUCAUUCCUCAUUCUUCCUAUGCAGCGAGCAACCCGACUACCGCUACUUAUGGAUACCAUUUGCCAGAAGACUUUGGAUAAAAAAGAAUAUUCUCCAGCAACCAAAGCACUGAAGGCCAUCAGUAAGUUAGUGAAGACGUGCAAUGAGGGUGCACAGAGAAUGGAGAGAACUGAACAGAUGUACACAUUACAGAAACAGCUGGAGUUUGGAAAGAUCAAGUCUUUCCCAGUGAUAUCGGCAUCUCGUUGGCUUUUGAAGAGAGGAGAACUUACAGUUUCUGGUGAAGACCAUGGAAAUUUCCGGAAAGGUUUUGGAAGGCAGAACUGCUAUCUUUUCCUUUUCAAUGAUGUCCUGAUUAUUACAAGGAAAAAAAGUUUGAACAGAAGAGCUGUCUGCUGUCCAAGGAAGUGUAACAGAACUGCUGAACCUUGGCAUCAGAUCAGGAGAAACCAAGGAGUUUUGUUUACUGGAGAAUGGGACAGUGAAGAGAAUUACAUUGUGAUGGAUUAUGCCAACCUGGAUCAGGUAGAGGCACAGGACAUCGACUCAAAUGAUUCAGAUUUGUCUCCUUCAAGCAAACAGUCUAUCACCAUGUGCUUGUUCCAAAUAACCAUGAAGAAGAACAGUGAGGGAAAAAAAGAACGUAUAACACUAGCAGCAGAAUCUUUGAGUGACAAAGCACGAUGGAUUAGUGCCCUCCAGUACAAGAAGCAAAAGGAUGACAAGACCACUGACAAAGAAGCACUGUCUCAGGUGGAGUCGAUCAAGGCAUAUGUGGCCAAAGAGCCAGAUGAAGUUUCACUCCAACUAGCUGAAGUUGUGAUCGUCCUGAAGGAAGUAGAUGGUUGGUACCAGGGUGAAAGAGUUCGAGAUGGAGAAAGAGGCUGGUUUCCACAGCACUGUGCCAAAGCAAUAACAAAUGAUGCUGCACUGAAGCAGAAUGUCUGCCGGAUGAAGAGACUACGGGUAGAAACUGAUGUGUAGGAAGUUUCAGUAUGUCCUGUUCCACAGACUGGAACACUUGUUUAGAGUGCUUGCUGAAGUGUCUUUAGCAAGUGACAUGACACAAACUUUCAGGAAUAAUAAAAAUGUAUUUUUUAAAUCAUUGCUGUUAUGCUUUCUGAAAUCCAGAUUCUUGAAUUUUUAGCAAUUAAAACAGAAUCUGGAUGUAUUUUUUAGCCCUUACAAAGGCUGAAGUUCUAAGCACAUCUUGCUGUAAUGCCCUUCCUUUGUUUUGAAAGGGGAAACGUGCCUUGCAAGUUUUAAAUGAUUCUGUAAAGCUCUUUUUGCUAAUUUGGAAGUUUUCUGAUCUUUACUAAACUUCUGGUAGAUCUACUCAUUCUGUUGCAAACUGGAUAUCGGAUUUUUAAAGCAAAAAAAAAAAAAAAACUACAUAAGAAGGAAAGUUGCUAGUAAAUAACUCUGUGACAUCUUAAGAAACCAAUUUUGUUGGGCUGACGCAUGAGGACCUUUGUUUUUUUUUCCUCUGAUUAAUUGCAACUGACUUGGGCAGGGAAGGGAUUUUGGAAGGGAGUGGUAUGUGUAAGACAGUCUGUGUAUGGUCUUUAUAAAAUCAGUGAUAAAAGCUGGCCGAAUACAGAAUUGUUGGACUGAUGUUUGCGUGUAAAGUUAACAUGCACUUUUGCUAUAAAAAUAAAUAACUUGGGUGGUAUAAACACGCUGCCAGGCCUUGACAUCUGAAUUCACUGUAACAGUGAUAUAUUCUGCAUUCAGAUGGGGAGAUUCAUGGUUGCAGGACAAAAGCUGCAGAUUAAUGUGUGGUGCUUUAGUUCCUUACCACCUUUCAGUGGUCUCUCUCCCUCUGUCUUUUAUUGGGAUAACUGUAACUGGUGUUCACCUGAAUUAGUAAGAAAAUACAGGAUUAUGGCUUCUGAGCAGGAAGUAUGUAAGAGUACAGAACUUAAGCAGUUGGCAAAAUGUAUCUUGUCAGACACUGCCCUAGAAUAUUCCAACAUUCUAAAUGAUUUUCUGAGCAUGAGAAGGUCCUUUUCCGGUAACUAGAGUCUCUGGUUCAAGACUUUUUGAUCACGUAUUGUUAAACAUUAUAUUAUUUGGAAAAUAAGGAAAAAAUAUUUGAGAAAAAAAAGACUUUUUGAUUGCCUAUGGGACUCUUGACUUGGAUAUAUUCACCACUGCAGAAAAUAGUGUACCCCCCUCCCCCCCACUGUACACGCACUAAUAAUGCAAGAUAUCAGUUUUUUAUGUAUUAGUGUACCCAGUGCAUUUGAGAGUUUUUUUUAAUUUGAUGCUAUUCAGAAAGUACUGUUUUUAGUAUUAGCAAUUUGUUUAGCAUUCUCAGCUGUUUUUGUUCAAUUUUUAUUCCAUCUGUUAACAGAUUUGGUGUCUGUUGCAUUUUUAAGCAAGACUAUGAUAACUGGAAUAGGUGUUCAGAUGUAACAGAAAAACUAGCAAAAUAAGUGAGAGCGGUUUGUUUCCUUCCAAAUGCAGCCCAGGAACACCUGUUUCUACAGAUUGUAGUAUCCUUUGAAGUACAUUUUGUUAAUGUGCAGUGUUCUGCAGAGGGCUUAUUACUGGCAAAGACUGAUCUGUGAGGCUAGAUAUGAUAAUGGUUUAGAUUAGCUCACUGUAUUUAAAAGAGCUGAAUAGUGUAGUUUAAUGUGGCUCUUUUUGAUCUGCAGACAGUCAUUUGCUUUACAACUUUAGCACUUCAGCUUGACAGUACAGAUGAUAAAGGGGAUAAGCUGUUACCAACCUUCAUUCAGUAGUCAUAGUUUUGAGUCCGUAAUUAUCCUCUUGCCUACUUUGUGACUAUGAGUAAACCAUGUUACCAAUCACUGUUUCCAGGCAUCCCCAACUAAAAUCUAAAAACAAGACCGUCCACAGUUUUUCUCCAUUUGCUCUUCCACUCCAACUUUAUUUCCCUUUAGAGAAUCUUGUGGCAAUAUUAAUAACAAUAAUAGUAACAAAAUAAUUCCUGUGUGUGAUCUAAUAUUAUCUAAUACAGCAGCUUAUUUUUCCAAACAGCUAAACCUUUUUUAUUCUUUUAAAGAAAGAAAAAGUUUCCCACAGUGUUUUUAAAAAAAGUCACCAGACUUUGUAAGUGUUGACACCAAACAAGUAAUGGAGGCAUUUAACUGCAAUAUGUAAUCGGAGUGCAGAUGUCAUUUUUCAGAUCCCUGUCAGUAUUUUUGCCCUUUUCUGCAGCUGACCAUCAGCUGCCACCAGCUCCUGUCCUCAUUCACUAGGUUAUCAGGCUUGCCUCGGCCUCUCCUGUACUCAACCUGACCAAUGUCCAGGGAUGGUGAGGAGGUUGAGAACACUGGUACCACAUCAUACUGCUGCCAGGGAAUAUGUCCUAACUCACACCUUUGUGGCAACCUUGCUAACUCUGCAAUCACUGCCCUCAGGAGGUGCAUAUGUACUUCCACUAAUGCACAACCACUGAACUAAGUGGCUCAAAGUUUAUGCAGCAUAGAGAUAAACAGGCUAGGCCACAUUCCUGCCCAUGGAUGGGUGAGCUGACACCAGUCUCUGUCUCAUCCUCCCUCACAGGUCAUCUGUGAAGUAGCAAGUGCUUUAUCCCUCUGCACCUUGGGAAUGUUCUUGUCAGUAUGUUCAUGCCUGAGAAGCAAUUUUGCAACAUUUGUACAGGAUUGUUUUUAAUGUAGAAGCAGUAGGCUUUCUCUUCCUUCAAUCAUGGUGGUGAAUUUUAUAGCAAAACACAGAAAGUCCACUAUGUUUUGAGAGUACCAGUCGUGUACUAAUCAUUAUUUUGGCAAAUGAUAUAUUAAAUUGAUUUAUUCUAAACACUGUAUGACUGUGGCAGCUGUGGUGCAGCUUCCCUGCUCUGUUUACUCACCAAAAUAUUUUACAGUCAUUGUACAAAAAGCAUUUUUUGAGAAGAAAGCUGUCAGUAGUUGUCCUUGAAGUAGGAACUUAAAACAAUGCUAAAAUGUAUGUAAGGAAAGCAAGCUAAUAUUCUUUAAAGCUUGCAAGUUAUUCCUUUUAAGUGAUGGUUUUCAGUGUUUUGAAGCUACAACAAAUGCAAAUUGAAAAGUGUUUCUCAUCCACACACUUUGAAUAUGCCAUUUUAGGAUACAGAAUGUAGCCUUAUAUUGUUACUUGCAACUAACACAGCUUCUUUCUGCAUUGUGUUGUCAUUCUGUUGGAUAACCAUAAUGCUGUUCAACACUACAGAAUGGAAAUAUCAUAAGCUCCUGCAAAUUGUUUAUUUCUUUGAUAAACACUUAGUAAUGUACUCUGAAGUAUGCAGAAACGGGAUAAAAUAUUUAAAUGACUUCUCUGUCGAAUACAAGGCAUUGGGCAAGCUAAAAUGAACUGCACAAAGCUUGACUCUGAUUUUAUGGUUAUGAUGGAUUUUAAAAGUGAGACAUCCUGGACAAUAGUUACAAGGUGUUGCACUGACAAAGUAUCUGAAGAAGUCCUGUCUGUGAAACAAUAGCACUCAUAAAUAAUGUAUAGCUCUUUGGUGUAUAUUUGUAAUAAAAAAGUUUGCUCCUA